GCCAUUGCAGCCAGGGGCAACCACCUGCUGGUGUGAUGCAAAAGACGUUGCAAAACACAAAGCACUGAAAAAGUUCCAUUCCAACCCAUCAAUUUCACCAUGGAUCUUCUUGCAUACUUCAAUUCUUUAAUAGUUCUAGUACUAGUUUUCCUACUCUGUUUCUACUACAUAGUAUUAAGGAGAAACAAAGUUCCUAAUGUCAAAAUCCUCCCACCCGAAGCUGCCGGAGCAUGGCCUAUAAUCGGUCACCUUCCUCAAUUAGCAAAGCCAGAGCUUCCUCACAUAAUUCUGGGAGCCAUGGCUGAUAAAUAUGGUUCUAUCUACAGCAUCAGGCUCGGGAUACACCAAGCGGUGGUGGUGAGUUCAUGGCAGAUAGCUAAGGAAUUAUUCACAACCAAAGAUAUGGCCGUAGCCUCUCGCCCCAGAUUGAUAGCAGGAAAAAUCAUGGGCUACAAUCACUACAUGUUUGCCUUUGCCCCUUACGGAUCAUACUGGCGUGAAGUUCGCAAAAUGGUAGUGUUAGAGCUGCUUUCCAAUCACCGGAUUGAGCUACUCAAACACGUUCUAGUCACCGAAGUGGAAGCCUGGCUGAAGGAACUGUACAAGCUUUGGAGUGGCAAAAAAGAUGGCUCCGGUUGCGUAUUGGUUGAUAUGAAGAAAUGGUUUGAGGACUUGACAUUAAACGUGAUCCUUAGGAUCGUCGCUGGGAGAAGGUCAUUUGGUGCUGGGGCUGAGGGUAAUGAGGAAGAGGCAAGACGAUGCCAAAAGCUGAUAAGUGCAGUGCUACAUUUGUUUGGGGUAUUUGUGGUGAGAGAUGCUAUUCCUUUUCUAGGAUGGUUGGAUUUGGGUGGCCAUGAAAAGGCCAUGAAGGAGGCUGCAAAAGAGUGGGAUAAUCUUUUUGGCCAAUGGUUAGAAGAACAUAAGAGGAAAACAACAAACAAGGAGAAGGAUUUCAUGGACGUAAUGCUUUCUCUUCUUGAUGGCACAAACCUUGCAGGUUUUGAUGCAGAUGCUGUCAACAAAUCUACUUGCUUGACUAUGAUUAUGGGAGGUGCUGACAGCAAUGCAACGACCCUACUAUGGUCACUUUCCCUGCUCCUAAACAACCGUGAUACAUUGAGAAAGGUUCAAGAAGAGCUAGACAUCAAUGUGGGAAAGGGAAGACUGGUGCAAGAAUCAGACGUCAGCAAUUUGGUCUACCUCCAAGCAGUAGUCAAGGAGACACUAAGACUAUACCCUGCAGCUGCUCUUUCAGCGCCUCGGGAAGUCAUGGAAGACUGCUCAAUUGGUGGGUAUCAUGUCCAAAAAGGCACUCGUUUAAUUAUGAACCUUUGGAAAAUUCAAACAGAUUCAAGUGUUUGGGUUGAACCAUUGAAAUUUAGGCCUGAAAGAUUUCUUGAAACAUAUACACAUGUGGAUUUUAGGAGUCAGGACUACCAACUAAUACCCUUUGGUGGCGGUAGAAGAGGUUGUCCAGGGGUGUCUUUUGCUAUGAAAGUGGUACCCUUGGCACUUGCUAGCUUUUUACAUGCUUUUAAAGUCUCUACUCCAUCGGAUGCAAUGGUUGAUAUGACUGGAAGUGUUGGUCUUACAAAUGGGAAGGCUACGCCACUUGAAGUUCUUGUCUCACCGUGCCUUCCCCCUCAGAUUUAUGGAUCAUGUUGAACUCGUUAUCAUUGAACUAUGGCGUCUAAAAUUCAUGAACAUUUCAGAUGUACUAUUAUUACAGUUUCUUCAUCCACUUUGUUUAGUUUAAUACUUUACUUUAUGGAGAAGAGUUAUCAAUGAGAAAUAUGGAAAUGCUAGUGAAUUGGGCAAGCUGGGUAAGGGAGAGUAGUGGUUGUAAGGUUCUAUUUUGUGGAGGGAUGUUUGUAGAUUAAAUGGACUAGAUAUGG